CGCCCCUCUGCUCUCCAGGGGCAGCUUGUUGUUGCCUCAGAGAUCCCACAGGUGUUGUGUGUUGACCUUUUUAUAGAGUUCUUAUAGAGUGCUGGUGGGAAAUGACGAUUGCGUGUUGUCUCAGCAGGUUUCGUGACGCUGCAGGUCGGGUGAGAGGUGCGCAGCGUUUGCACCAACGUACAGCCAGAGCACGAUGGCUGACAGGAGCUGUAGUUCAUGUGUAGCUCAUUUCAUAGCCCAGGCAGUACUGCAGUUCUGAAGUUGAAACCAGUAUUAAUGUUUGAGCGACCUGUAAUUAUUUAUAUUUGUGUUUUCCUGAUUCCUUAAAUUAGCUUAGGACACUGUUCCUGAAGCACCUUAGGCAUCUUUUGGCAUUUCUGUACUGUAUUUUUUUGUAAUUUAUUGCCUGAUGUAUGUGUCUGCGCUAAUAUAUCUGGCCAUACGAAUGACUUCGGAACAGUUGGUCAGGAUUAAACAAGUGAUUUUUGCUUUGAGGUUCUUGAAAUAUAUCAUGUAUUAAGAAACUUAAUGUAGAGCUACGAGUUUAACUCUUACUCAUUGGCAUCAAUGCAGCAGAUUUUCUGAAUAACCAGACAUCCUGCUCCCAUGUUGAAAUGGCUCUGUCAUAUGUGCCAAUCAGACAACCAGCUCUUUCAUAAUUGCUGAAUAGUGAAAUGAUACCAUCAACUAGAAGAAGUGACCAGUAGAGAGAUGCAGAAAUGCUACGUGUUCUAAUAAGGAAAUCAGAACGAGUUCUUUUUCAGCCUGGUUUGGUAACACGAUCCUGAGACCUGAAACUGAAUCUGUGGAGAGGCUGAAGCAAGUUAUAUAUCAGAGUCUGUUAAAGAACAACUCCAGUAUAUUCUCAGUGCUUUUGAGCCUUCAGGGUGCUACUGCUGUCUCUUUGGAUCACAGCAUCUUAAAUCACUUCAGUGAUUCGACUGAUAAAUUUAAUCUCCUGCCUGAGGUCGGCUCAUGGAAAUAAAAAAUGAUUGGUGUUCUUGUCAUGUGAAGACUCACCAGAAGUGAGCCUGCAACUCAUUUUGGGGGAUGACUCACAGUUUAACAGCAAAUUAAUUAACACCAAAGCAAUUUUCUGUGUUGGGUUAAUUUAGAAAAAGAAAUACUCAGAGUUCAGCUUCCUCUGGAUUAAUGUCAUGAUGUCCGCCAGACUCAGAAGACCAAAUCUGUGAGUUAUUAAUGCUGAUCUUACUUGUCAUUUCCUGUGUUUGUGCCAUGUGGGUUCAUGUGACUGCCUCGCUUGUUAACCCUUUUCUUCUGAAGCUAAUAGCCAAUACUGUAACGUGAUGGUUGAGUAUGAAUGGACUGAUAAUUCAGCAGCACUAAUCUUAUACAGGAAUAAUGACGUGAAAAACUGCAGCACGUGGGAGAUCAUAUGUGAUCCGUAAACAGACUACAAUCAGUGUUUUUAUAUUUACAGUGGAUCACAUGACUUGACCCUCCAGCUUCAUAGUUUUACAGGAUCUUUCAGCUUAUUGUUGUCUUUCUUGGCUGUAGUUUAUUGCUUUGUUUCACUCUCUCUGCUCUCAGCAGGCAGCUGGUUUCACCUUAAAAGCUCUGAUUAACUCACUUUCCAUGACCAGAUGGUAAACAGGCCAAGUUAGAGCCGGGCUGCUGAAGGAAGAGGAAUAUUUAGGAGUGAAACAACUGCUACUAAUGAUUAUUGUCAUUAUCAAUUAAUAUGCUGAUUAUCUUCAGAAUUAAUCAUUGGCGUUCUAGCAGUGAGAAAACCAAUGCAGCUGAAAGGAGAGACAGUAUUAGGCUUCAGUUUGUGGCACACGAUGAUGGGUUUAAGGUGUCAGUCUGAAGUUAGUGAUAUUAAUUAUAGUUGCACUGCAUUUUUCCAGUUCUCUUCUUUUGUGUGUCUUUAGUCCUCAGUGCUUAUUGCAGCUCCAUUUUAGACUUUUUUAAACAAAAAAUCCCAAAUAAUUCAAAGUGGGUGGUUCAACGCUGUUGUGUGGUUUGGGUUGGUUCCUUUUUUGUUUUCAGCUGCAGUAGACACAGCUGAUGUUGUCAGUUACCCUUCCCAGUUCUAGUUUUACCUGACCGACUGGCAUCAAUUUGUGUGCAGCAGAGCAGCAAAUGCAUAAUGUUUUCAUAUGCAGGUUACAGGCAGAACAUUGCUGGCCUUUGAGUCAUGGACAGAGAGCAUCGACACAUCGAUGAGUGUGUCCUCAGUGGUUGCAGAUGAGAAACUGUCCAGUAAAUGUAAUCUGUAGAGGCUCAGAGCGUCUCAGACUUUCUCUUUCUGUAAAUGUGGUUGUGAUUCACAGCUCUCAUCAGCUCACACAUGGCUGACUAACGCUGUUCUCCACAGUGCUUCUCCUCCAUCUUCAUGCGCGAAGCCAGAGCCAGCACUCGCUGUUCCUCUUCUUCACUGGUCCCAAACACAUCCACACCCCCUGCCUCCUUACCGCUGCAUUCGUCCUCAGCCUCCCUGUUGUCUCAUAUCACUGCCUUAACCUGCUUAUAUUGCAGCGUUCCCCCGGGCGCUCAGCUUCAACACAGCUAUUUACAUUUCAAAAGUUAACAUCAGAAAUAGUUUUCUCUGCCUUUCCCUGUGGGCCUUUGUGCUGUGAGACUCAUCUGAUGCCAGAAAUAAAAGAUUGUUGGAUCAGAAGAGGAAGAAAGGCUUGUGCUGUCACUUUCACUUCUGCGUUACGCAGCCUGCAGUGGUAGUUGUUCUGUGUCUUGUUCUUUGCACUUUGGGAUGUUUACACUGGUUGAAGAUUGACUUUGCUGUUGGGGAGUAAAGCAGUGAUACCCACAUUCACUGCAUGGCUUGUGGUUGAAAGGAUGCGUGAGGACAUGUCCACCAUGGUGUGCGUGAAGGAGGAGGAGGACCCUGGGGAGAAGCUGUCCCAGGAUGAGAUCAUCUCGCGGACCAAGCAGGUGAUCCAGGGCCUGGAAGCCCUGAAGCAGGAGCACCACUCCAUCCUGGAGGGCCUGCUGGGCACGCUGCGCUGCCUGAAGCAGGACGAGGAGGGCGUCCUGGUGGAGGAGAAGUCCCACAUGAUCCGCAAGUCCCUGGAGAUGCUGGAGCUCGGGCUGAGCGAAGCACAGGUGAUGAUGGCGCUGUCGAGCCACCUGAGCUCCGUGGAGUCGGAGAAGCAGAAGCUGCGGGCUCAGGUCCGCCGGCUGUGCCAGGAGAACCAGUGGCUGCGGGACGAGCUGGCCGGGACGCAGCAGAAACUGCAGAAGAGCGAGCAGAGUGUGGCUCAGCUGGAGGAGGAGAAGAAGCACCUGGAGUUCAUGAACCAGCUGAAGAAGUACGACGAGGACCUGUCUCCAUCUGAGGAGAAGGACUCUGACUCCAGUAAAGAGACUCUGGACGAUCUCUUCCCAGAUGAUCAGGAUGACCAAGCUCCAGGCAUCCAGCCGAGUCACGGCAGUGCUGCAGCAGCUGCUGCCCAGCAGGGCGGCUACGAGAUCCCAGCCCGUCUGAGGACCCUCCACAACCUGGUGAUCCAGUAUGCCUCUCAGGGCAGGUACGAGGUGGCUGUGCCCCUCUGCAAACAGGCCCUGGAAGACCUGGAGAAGACCUCUGGACACGACCACCCAGAUGUGGCCACCAUGCUCAAUAUCCUGGCCCUCGUUUACAGGGAUCAGAACAAAUACAAGGAGGCAGCCAACCUGCUGAACGAUGCUCUGGCCAUCAGGGAGAAGACUUUAGGCAGGGACCACCCAGCUGUUGCAGCCACCCUCAACAACCUGGCUGUCCUGUAUGGGAAGAGGGGGAAGUACAAGGAAGCAGAGCCUCUGUGCAAGAGAGCGCUGGAGAUCAGAGAGAAGGUGCUGGGCAAAGACCACCCAGAUGUGGCCAAGCAGCUGAACAACCUGGCCCUGCUGUGUCAGAACCAGGGCAAGUACGAGGAGGUGGAAUACUACUACAUGAGAGCGCUGGAGAUCUACCAGACCAAACUGGGCCCCGACGACCCCAACGUGGCCAAGACCAAGAACAACCUGGCAUCCUGUUACCUGAAACAGGGCAAGUUCAAGCAGGCUGAGACUCUGUACAAAGAAAUCCUCACCCGCGCCCACGAGAGGGAGUUCGGCUCAGUGGACGAUGAGAACAAACCGAUAUGGAUGCACGCCGAGGAGAGAGAGGAGCAAAGCAAAGGGAAGCAGAAGGACGGCUCACCCUUCGGAGAAUAUGGAGGCUGGUACAAAGCCUGUAAAGUCGACAGCCCCACAGUGACCACCACCCUGAAGAACCUGGGCGCCCUCUACAGGCGGCAGGGCAAGUUCGAGGCUGCCGAUACCCUGGAGGAAGCUGCCAUGCGGUCCAGAAAGCAGGGUCUGGACAAUGUGCAUAAGCAGCGCGUGGCAGAGGUUCUGAGCGAGCCAGAGGCCCGUGAGAAGCAGCGAAGCCGCGAGAGUUUGACCUCUGACACGGUGAAGUACGAGAGCGGGCCGGACGGUGGCGAGGAAGUGAGUAUGAGCGUGGAGUGGAACGGGGACGGCUCCGGCUCUCUGAAGAGGAGCGGCUCCUUCAGUAAACUGAGAGCGUCGAUCCGCCGCAGCAGCGAGAAACUCGUCCGCAAGCUGAAAGGCGGCGGCGGCUCGACCCGAGACAGCGAGCCCAAAAACCCCGGCAUGAAGCGAGCCAGCUCUCUCGGGGUUCUUAACAUGGCGGACAAGGCUGCGAGUGACCACUACCAAGAACGAAAUAAUCGUCUGAGAAAUAGCCGCGACCUGAGUGCCAGCCACACUGACCUGGCGCAUUGAAGGUUUUUUCAGCCAUGUCAGACUUGAAGGAUGAAUCGUGGUGAGGUCACAGAGGUCAUGAGGAUCCACUUCCUGUCCACAAGCCUCAGAGCCCUCCUCACUGUAAUAAACUGUGUGUGAAAGCAUCAUAUCUCCCACAUUAUACUUAACACCAAGUUUCAAAGUUUCAUUGCACUUUUGAAGGUUUGUGCUCUUAGAGCGGGGGUUUGUGGUGGAUUUUCUUUUAUCAAUACAUAUCGAGGAUCAAGAGGAACAUGAACAUACAGUGAUCUGCUCUACCUUUGUGAUUCGAGUGUGUAUAUCUUUCCUGUGUAUAUCCUUUUUGUACGUGCGUGUACUGUAUGUAAGUGUGUGCCGGUGUAAGCGACCGCCCUCCCAAAUCAGACGCAGAGUUCAGCUUUAGUUUUAUCAACACUGGUUCAGUUAAACUGUAGUGGGUGAAGCCAAAGAUCUACAAAGGUCAAGUCCACAUACAUUAAUUUCUUGUACCUUCUAUGUGGAAAUUCUGUUAGAAUUUGUGUUACAUUUGGGUGGACAUCUGGCUGUAAUUCAGCAUUAAUUUGCACCUGGUGAAUCCGUUUUGCUUCACUCGCUGAGGUUUAACUGAGGCACUGCAAGUGGCUCUGCCUCACCGGAAAAGUUUUAACAGCUUAAACUGCCACCUCUGCAGAGAAACUCGUCCAGCAAUGACGUCUGUUUGUAGGCUGACCCGGACGUUAGCUUAGCUCUGCGUUCACUCAGCAGAUUUCCAAUGGAAGUUCUGCAUUGGGUUUUCUGAUUAGUUUAGAAAAUACGUGCAAGAAAAUCCUCCCAAAUCAACAGGUUUUAUUUGACAAUAUUUGAACCAUGUGUAGUUAAUAUACAACUCUGAACAUGUUUCAUUUUCUGCUUUGAUUCACUAAACUUCCAUAUGUGUUGGGCACCUGCUGAGUGAAACCUUCUCAGAUGCUCCUCCUUUUCUUCUUCCUUUUCUUUGAAUUUUCCUGCCUUUGCCGAUUGUAGAUUUUGCUUUCGAUGUAUGAAGUUCUGUGUUUACAUUUGAGGUUUUUGUAAGUUAUGUUGUGCUCUGUAAAAGCUUUGAGAAUAGCAGAGCCGUCCUCCUGAACGUUGAGGUUUAGAAAUAACGAGGCAGGACGGUGACUUUUAUUGGCACAUGAAGGCCGACCAACUCGUUCUCAGGAUUGAGGCUGUAGUUUCACACACUGACUGCAAAGUUAACGCCACUCCACACUUUUACACAUUAAGGUCAUUUUCAUCGAUCGGAUGAAAUGUUACAGUUGUUUGUUUUGUUUUGUUUUUCCUUUUUUUAUUCAUGACAACACUUUACUAUGCCGGUAAAGUUGAACAAAUCCAACCAAAAAGCGCAAAUUAUGACUUAUUUAAAAAUUAUUAUUGAUGCUAUGUUAAAUAAGACGGUGUAUUUCUCCUAUGGGUAACUAGUUAGACAAAGUUUAAAUUUUACAUCACUGCAAUUCACUUCCAAACGUAAAAUCCAAAGUGCUGAUUAAAACUGGAACUGCUUUACCGACAGAAUACAGAAUAUGAUGUUGACUGAUUUUAUACAACAGCGUUAUUUAUGUGAAAAUAUUUUCAGUGUUUAAAAUCUGGCAAGCUUCUGUUAAUUUUUCUGGUUUUAGUUCACUGUGCGAAGAGCAGACUUCAGUUCUUUAAAGGGAAAUAUGAAAUCAUGUUAUUGUGAAAAGCUUCCAACAGAAAAGCCCUGAACUUACUGAUUUAAGUCUUUGCUAAAGAUUUUUGUACAUUUGAAAUGAAAAUGUGUGAUACUGGUGCAGAUAACAAUACCUGCAUUUCUUUACCAAUACUGAAAACAUAUGGUGUCAUACAUGAAUAAACCUAUUUUUAAAAACACUCAUUUUUCAAACCAAACCAAACCAAACAACAAUACAACAACAAGUGUCCAAAACUGGAGAAAUUAUUGAUUUAAGUUUAAUUUAAAUAUCUGAUUAUGGGGUUGGGCUGCAGCUAAAUCUUUUAUUUAAUCAAUAAUUUAGUCUAUAAGAUAUCAGAUAACACAAUUUCCCAACUCAUGAAUUCCUGUCUGAAUUGUUUGGUAAACCAGUUCAUGUUGUAAACGUGUCAGUCGUGAAGACUUUUCACUGGAAACAUCAGAUUUAAAAGAAGAAAUUCUUAUUCUGACUUACAUCAGAUAUUGUGACAUUUACGGUAUCAUAAUGUAAAUUGUUUUUCCCGCAAAAGUUUCAUAAGCUUUUAGUUUGAUUUUAGGGGUGUGCAAUAAUCUUUUGUUUGACUUUACUCUCCUUUGUUGAAAAACUCUUCACAUCUUACAGUCCUGAUUCUGAUUUGUAAAUCUGAUGAAAAUGAGUUCACAUCUGCGUGAAGGCUUUCAUUCCCUGACAUUAAACUGUAAAUCUCUGAGAAGAAUUUGUUCUCACUACCCAGAAAACAAACAUGCCCUGAAAUGUAAAUAUAAGCUGAACAGAUUUGAUAACUUGAAUAAUUUUUCCUCCUGUGCUGGCAAUAAUUUAAAGUUGUGGUGAUUUAUAAAAAUGUUAGAUAUCUCAUUUUGAUGAAUGAAAUUCUUUGAUGAUUUCACUGACGUUUUGUCGAGUGUGUCGAAGCUUCUUGUUGACUGUUGAUCAGUCUGCUUGUCAACCUGCUUUGCGCUCAUUUUUUAUGCUUUUUGUCUUCCUGUUCGAGAUUCCACAAAGUAAUGAGGCACAUAACGAAGUCUGAUGAGCUGGGCAGCAUUUUGAGCAACACCUUCAGCGACGGGCACCAAAGUGACAGUAAUUUAACGUUUUGAAGUCCUGAAUGUGCACCUAGAUGUUUUUUAUUGUUGAGGCGUUGUUUCGGUCACAGUUGCCCAAUGUCAGGUGAAAGUUGCUCAAAGUGUUGCCCCGUUGCACAGGACAAACUGCAGCAGCCUGAUGCUGCUGAUCACACAAAGGAAAGCUACAAAUUAUGAUCAGGUUUCAGUACAAAAGAAGCAAUUAUGAUAAAGUGAAUGUAAAUUUAAGGAUUUAUGGAAGUGCAGGCAACAAUGACAAGUUUUUGUUGACUUUAUGUUUGGUUUUUUAAAGUGGUGAAGGUUAAAGUCUCACAGUCCGCCCUUUCUUUUUGAUUUUUUAAUUAUGUUUUGUUUCUGGUUGUGGAACUUGUUGAUGGGUGGAGUGGAAAUGUGGAUGGUUUGGUGAAGUAUAUUAUCAGCUUGGAACAAACUUCUGACUGUAUUUAAAAAUGGGUAAUGUGAGAGCUCCCCAAAAGUGAGGCCAAGACUAAGAACAUUAACUCCAAUACUCAAGUUUAAUUCUGGGAGUUUUACUAGUCACAUGGCAGACAGUUACCAAGCAGUCAUCGCCAGUGAAUCUGAAUAAGUUAAUGGUUAGUUUUUCUGCAGAAUAAAUACUUUGCUUCCUCGUGUCCUGCUCCACAGUGUGUCCCGUCUCUCAGAUCCUUCUUACUUUUAUUAAAUACAAAAUUGAAUCUCAAGUUGCACAUAAACUCCCUCACAAACAGACUAAACUGUUUUUUAGUAUGUGUGUGAAAGCUGUAAUUAAUUGAAGACGUUAUGCUAACCACAAGGCCGCACUGUAGCCCCCCGUCAUACAAAUGAAACUAAUCCGUCCCCUGUGUGUCUCAGAAAGUUUUCCUGGGUGAGACUGGUUUUCCAUGAGACUACUUGUCCUCUGACUGCUGCUGUCUCAGACAUGCAGGCUGUCCUGCAGGCUGAGGCUGUGCUGCGUCCCCUUUUCACCCGAGCAGCAGGGAUGUUUGUUGUACAGCUUAACUGCAUUUGAAUUAAAAGGUCAAACUCG